AUGGCCUUAGCUAGGAUGAUAAUUGUUGAUGAACUACCUUUUAGGUUUGUUAAGCAUGGCGGGUUCAUUGAUUUUAUGGCAGAGGUAGAGCCUAGGUUUGAAGUUCCCUCUUGGGUUACUGUUGCAAGAGAUUGUCUUAGACUUUACAUUAGGGAGAAGGAGAGUUUGAGAAAGAUUUUGAAUUUCUGCCUAGUACCUAAUCAUAAGGGUGAGACCAUUGGUAGGGUGGUUAAGUCUUGUUUGCAUCAAUGGGGGAUUGAUCAUAUUUUUACAAUUAUUGUUGAUAAUGCAAGUUCAAAUGAUGUGGCCAUAGAAUAUCUUAGGAGGAAAACAAAGGAUAGGGUGGGUAGCCUCUUGGGUUUUGAGUUCCUUCAUAUAAGUUGUUGUGCCCAUAUUUUGAAUUUAAUUGUGCAAGAUGGGCUAAAGGACCUUAAUGAGUCAAUUGUUAAGGUUCGUAAUGUAGUGAGGUGGAAUUCAACUUACUUGAUGUUAGAAAGUGCACUAAAGUUUGUGGCUGCAUUUGAAAGGAUGGAGGAAGAUGAUGGGCAUUUCCUUCGUUAUUUUAAGGAUCCAUCUAGCGGUCCCCCUCGGUUUUUAGAUUGGGAAAAUGUAAGACUUUUUACAAAGUUUCUUGGUAUGUUCUAUGAGGCAACUUUAAGAUUUUCUAGUUCCUUGUUUGUGACUACUAAUGUGUAUUUCCAUGAGCUUGUUAGUCUUCAAGACCAGUUAAAUCAAUUGUGUAACGGUAGGGGUGAUCCUUUGUUAAAGGGUAUGGCACAGAGAAUGAAAUUGAAGUAUGAUAAGUAUUGGGGAAGUGUUGAUAGGAUAAAUCCGAUGUUGUUUGUGGCUGUUGCGGUUGAUUCUAGAUAUAAAUUGAAAUAUGUGAGGCUUUGGUUUAAGCAAUGGUAUGACAAGGAGAAGACUGAUGAGUUAGGAUUGAGAGUUAGGAAAGUUUGA